GCAGCUGCUUCUGUCUCCUCCGUUCCACCUCUCUCUCUGUCAGUCUGUCUCUUCCUUCUGUUGGUGUGCAUGGAGUGGCAGGAAAGAGCGCAGAAUUCCUUGCUUUGUCUUCUCUUAGUUGGAUCCGUGGUUACUCCUGUCAUCAGCCGAAGCUUACAGGAGUUCACUGAGCAGAAGAACUUCUAUCCUCAAACACGUUCACACACGACACCACAUCGCCCGACUCCCUCCGGUGGUGGCCAUGGAACUCCGACGCCCGACGGUGCUCACUCCUCUCCCGUCGUCAAGCCCCCAUCCACCCCCACCGGCUCACACACUCCUCCUUUCAAUGGCACCUGCAAAUACUGGGGCUCGCACCCCGAUGCCAUCGUCGCCGUCAUCGGGUCCCUGGGCACCGUGGGCGAUCUCUUCGGCUACGGCUGCGCCGCCAUCUUCGGCAGCAACCCCACCCUGCACGACGCUCUGACCAACACCCGGACCGACGGCUACGGCGCUCUCUUCCGCGAGGGAACCGCCGCGCUGCUGAACUCGAUGACCGACAGCAAGUACCCCUUCACCACCAAGCAGGUGAAGUUCUCCUUCGCCGGCGCCAUCACCUCCGACGGCGCCGCCGAAGCCCAGGCUGAUAUCUUCAAGCAAGCCAACGAGGGCAAGUUCUAGCCGGCCAUUGCAUGCAUGAUUUCAGAGCCUUCGACUGCCUGCAUUAAACUUAGUUACAUGCGUGCGCGUGUGGUGCUGUAGUUGUUCCUGUAUCAUUAUCUACUGUUUCUAUUGCUGUCGGAGAAGAUCGAGAGUAGUGCAGACUAAGACCUUGUCAUGCCAUGUCUGUUCCUCAACAUGCAUCUUUCAUGCAUGGCAGAAAUAAAUCCAUCAUUCUUCCA